UUCCUCGCAGUUCCAGCAGAAAACUUCCGACUUCCGUUGAAGUUGAAAACAAAUAUACAGCUAAAUUUGGCUAGCUCAUCGUCAAGGAAGCUUUCAGUGCUGGCCUCUGCACGGUGGGGUUAUCAGGACUCUGUGAGUUGUCUGGCUUCACUGCCUAUUUGUUCCUGUGGUGGGCUCUCCAUUGAGGAUGACAAUGGAAGAGAUGAAGAAUGAAGCUGAGACCAGUUCUAUAGUCUCUAUGACAUUAUAUGCAGUCAUGUAUCCAGUCUUCAGCGAGUUGGAAAGGAUAAAUCUGUCAGCGGCACAGACGUUGCGGGCGGCAUUUAUAAAAGCAGAGAAGGAGAACCCAGGACUCACUCAGGACAUCAUAAUGAAGAUACUGGAGAAAAAGAAUGUGGAGAUCAACUUCACAGAGUCACUACUGCGCAUGGCAGCAGAUGAUGUGGAGGAGUACAUGAUCGAAAGACCAGAGCAGGAAUUCCACGACCUGAACGAGAAAGCAAGAGCCCUCAAACAAAUCCUGAGCAAAAUCCCGUACGAGAUCAACGACAGGGUGCGCUUUCUACAGACCAUAAAAGACAUAGCCAGCGCGAUAAAGGAACUGCUGGACACAGUCAACAAUGUGUUUAAGAAAUAUCAGUAUCAGAAUCGCAGGGCUCUCGAACACCAAAAAAAGGAGUUUGUGAAGUACUCCAAGAGCUUCAGUGAUACGCUGAAAACCUACUUCAAAGACGGAAAGGCAAUAAACGUCUUCAUCAGUGCCAACAGGCUUAUCCACCAAACAAACUUGAUACUGCAAACCUUCAAAACUGUCGCCUAGGAGACAACGUUGUGAUGUAUGCGAGGAUGCGGAAGCAGUUAUAUGUAACAUACAUUUUUUUGGUCUUUUUAAAAGUAUAAUUUAUAAACUUUGCUUCAUUUGAAGGAACUUGGAAUAGAGGAAUUCGCGACAAAAUGUCAAUUUUCUCCUUGCUUGAUAAUCAUGAUUUCACGACUCGGCUUCAUUAGCUUUUCUCUCGCUGUCGUUCCAGUCAAAUGAAAGCCAAAAGACUCUGCGCCUUAAAGUGUGACGCAACAUUCCAUAUACAAAGUGUAAAUAUUGGUAUUCUUUGACAUAGAGACAUAAAGAAUGAGAAAUGAUGUAUUUAACAGAUAUUUGGUUAUAAAUGUUCAAUAAAUAGUUUCCAAAUGUU